AUGUCUGCAGCCAAACCAAGGCCUCCUCGUUUUUAUUUUUGGCGAAAGACUUUGUCUUUAUCUGAUCUAAAUCUACCUCGUCGAGCCAAGAUCACUAUUGACGCUCUGCGAACACUUAGUUUGAUCCCCUCAUUUCUUGGAUUCUUGUAUAAUAGCAGGCAAGCACUUCAGGUACCUUUUCGAGAUGCUGGUGGCGCUGUUGUUCUUCAGAGUUCCCAAAUAGACUAUAUAGUUGGCAGCUUCUGGUGUGCGCUAGCAGGUUAUUGGAAUUGGAUUCUAACAACAAGCAUGAUGCGACGUUGGAUAUUUCAUUAUGAAAUCAGCAGUGCAAUUGUGCGUUUGAUUACAUUUAUUGUGAUUACUUGGUCGAUCUCUGCUUGGGUCAAUACACGCAAUGGUCCUGAACAACCCAUCCGUACUUGGAUGAUCAACUGCUUUAUUCUACUCAUCACAGAUAUUAUUCGUCUCUCUAUUGUGUCUGAUCCAAAAUACCAUGGCAAAGCAGCUAAUGUCAAAGAUCCCAACCUGUUCUUAAAGUUGACCAUCAUGAAAGUCUUGAUUUUCCCCAUGUCAGUCGCCACUUGCCUGUCUGUGUUUGCAGUCUUGUAUCAAAUCGACCAACUUCAAUAUACAACGAGCCAAUUGAUGAUAGGAGACGCUUCUUUAAACAAUCACUUGUCAUCUCCACAGUCUAUUUCUGUACUUGUGCUAAUCAUAUCUUCCUGGUCAGCGUAUGAUAGACGCCAAAUGCUUCGAAAAUCAGCACUUCGGUUACUCUCUUCGCAACAUAUGACAGUCAACUAUCGGUUUAUAAUUGGACAACCACCUUCAGCUACACAGCAACUCUUAAGUGCAUCUAAAAUACUUCAAGAAGCAGAGACAUACCAUGAUUUGAUCAUGGUACAAGCCUCAGAUACCAAAAUAAACAAAAGCAGAAAAGUGUUGGAAGCAUUUAGAUGGGCCAAAAGUGUAGAUCAUGAUUAUGUUGUCAAGACAGAUGACAAUGUGUUUGUCGUUUGGGACACUGUCUUGAAAGAGUUACAGCAUGCCUCAACAUCUUAUUAUUGGAAAGGAUCAGUAUGGCAAAAUAUACCCUUACGUAUCGCUGAAAAAAGUCUGCAGAUCGACUACGCUUUACCUGUUCUUCCUGCAUAUACCCACAGCAUGUUUUAUAUCUUAUCAAAAGACACACUUGACUUAAUUGUCUCGCCUAAUUCAGUUCGCAGAUUCAUUGCAGACGAUGGCAAAAAUGUUGCAAUUUGGCUAUUUGGAUUUGAUGUACAACCUAUACACGAUAGACGAAUUCAAGAUGAUGUUCAUGUAUGUGAGAGUGACAUGAUUGCCAAGCGCAUUCAUAAACUAUCAGACAUGUCCAAAAUGUAUUUUAAUAUCGUCAAUGAACGGUCUCAAUGUACUGGAAUAGAUGGCAUACAUUGUGCAGUGUGCUACUCUUGCCAAGGUAAGCAAAUGAACUGGAGAACACUGAGUUUGGCUUGCAAUGACCAUGGCAUCUUUUUGCAAGAAAUGUCAGGAUUUCAUCAUAUCACAGGCUUUAAUAAAGGACUACUUAAAAAAUGA